AUGUCAAACAUGUCAGCUUUGCUAAUGGUCCCUGCUUCAGGGACCGAAAGGUUAAUCCAGAAAGUCGAGAGCCAGAGAAGAUCCUCGUCGCCAAUCAAAAGAUCCGACCUGAAUGCCUUGACCAGAACAAGAUCAGCCAGAUCUACUCAUUCGAAGCACUCGAUUUUCACCCUGAGCAGCAGCCUUCGUGGUAGUCGUUCUCAUAAGCCAGGCCAGUUCGAUGCGAAGAAACUCAAGGCGUUUGAUGAACAACUCGAUACUCCUUACGAGAAGAAAUCCAUGGAAUAUGAUUACAAGUUUGACGUGAUUGCAGCUAAGGUGUGGAACCACCCUCAAAACGAAGCCUUCAACGCUAUCCACAAGAACGACGAGCGUUUUAUUAGCCCUGAAACCAUCAACACUCUUCGUUAUACUUACUUUGAGAGGUUCGAGGAAUCGUAUGGCAAAAUCGCUACUUCCCUUAGUCAACUGCCCAAACCAGAGUACUGGUCGAAGGUCUGGGACUAUGAUGCGUACAACCACUGCCAUUUGUUUGGUGCAUCAUGUAAAAAGAACCUCAUUGUGGUUGACCAAGCAUUAGUCAAGAAGAACGCUAAGACUCGGAGGAAUACCGAGAAAGCCUUUAAAGAAGGUACUAAAGUCGAAGACUUUGAAGAGGAGCCAGACAAGGAGACUUGUAUUAGGGACUUGUGGCACACGCAAUCCUUCUGGAGAGACGUCUACUACGAUGCCCGUUCAUCCACCACCAAUGAAGAUUUUGACGAAUGGCUUCCUCCAGUGGACAUUGUGCAGCGUUUCUUCAUCACCCUCACAGAUUACGCCUUAUACAACUUACAUGUGUUGGAGUGUAAAGUGACAGAAGAGGAUUUAGAAAACAUGAGCGAUGCCGAGAUCAGUACACUCGCUGGGCAAUUCUUCUUCUACUUUAACGACUCGGAUUAUGCGUUUUUCGAUGUUCUUGCCAAAGUAUUCAACGAAACGUUCAUGCAACUGAUCCGUACGUUUAUCCUGGAAGAAGAUAAAGUUGCCGAGAAAACCAAGGAAGUGAUGAAUGUUCUUGUAGAGACCAUCUGCAGCAACUUCCAAAUCAACUACUUUGGAGGCCAAGGAGUCGAUACAAUUUUGCUGGUGUGGCACGACUUCCUCCUUUUGGCCCUUGAAAAGCUUGUGAUAGCAAAUGUACCAGUUCUGCGGGCAGAGCUCACCACCACUGCUACUACCACCGAGGAAAAGCCCUUACCGGAAGCGCCGAAGGCACCAGCAACAAACACUGUGGCGGCUAAAGAGACAGCCAAAUCAGAUAAGAAGGUUAAGAUCUUCUUCCUUCCUCCAGCCAUGCUUCCAAACGCCCAAAACGACCAUGUGUUGAUGUCUGAGCAUGCUUACUACGACCGUUCAGAUACUGCCAGCAGCAUCGUCUCGCCCCAAUACCAAGGCCCAGUUAUCUUGGGCGCCUUGAUCCUUAGCAUAUGCCUUGGUAAGCUUGGGUACACCUUGCUUAGGAGGAGCCGGGCGGCGAAGAAGCCCACGCCUAAGUCAAUGGCCGACCAGCUUGUCUAG